AUGGCUCGAGAUACUUCAGAAGAAGAUCUCCAACUAAAGAAUGAAUUAGAAAUGUUGGUAGAAAGGUUAAAAGAAGGAGAUGCUAGUCUUCAUAGAUCAGCAUUGGAAAGCCUUCGAACAUCGAUUCGUACGUCUACCAGCUCGAUGACUUCUGUUCCAAAACCGUUGAAGUUUUUAAGACCUCAUUAUGUUACUAUAACUGAAGUUUACGAAAGUUGGCCACCAAGUGAUAACAAGUCAUUUCUUGCAGACAUUUUAUCAGUGUUGGCAAUGACUUAUGAUGAGGGCAAAAGAGAUUCCUUGAGAUAUAGAUUGCAGGGAUCACGUGAAGAUCCAGGCUCUUGGGGACACGAAUACGUACGACAUUUGUCAACCGAAAUCGGUCAGGAAUAUCUUCACCGUACAGAGAAUGAGAUUGGCACGGAUGAUCUCAUGAAUCUUGCUUUGGAGAUUGUCCCAUUUUUCUUGAAGCAUAAUGCCGAAGCCGAUGCUGUUGACUUAUUAUUAGAGUUGGAGAUGAUUGAUCAAUUACCUCAAUAUGUAGAUGUUGAUACAUAUGCGCGCGUUUGCUUAUAUAUGGUUAGUUGUGUUAACUUGUUAGUACCUCCGGAUGAUGUACAAUUUUUACGCACAGCUCAUCAAAUUUAUCGUCAACAUGACAAAUAUACCGAAGCUGUGUCAUUAGCUAUUCGCCUUGGGGACAAUAAGUUGAUAAGGGAAGAUUUUGAGGCAGCGGGACAUAUAGAUCUGCUUUUGCAGAAACAAAUCGCUUUUCAAUUGGGAAGGCAACAAAUUGACAUUCCCGAGAUUGAAGACGAAGAACUUAAAGAAAUAAUGAGUAAUUCAUUGCUAACAAAACAUUUCAUUGCCCUUGCAAAAGAGUUAGAUGUUCUCGAGCCAAAAACUCCAGAAGACAUUUACAAGAGUCAUCUAGAAAAUAUCAGACCGGGUUUUGCAAGUGGUAGUGUUGAUUCGGCACGACAAAAUUUAGCAUCCACUUUUGUGAAUGCUUUUGUUAAUGCUGGAUUUGUAAAUGACAAAUUAAUUUCAAUAGAGGAUGGUAACACAUGGAUUUAUAAAAAUAAAGAUCAUGGAAUGUUGAGUGCGGCCGCUUCCAUCGGUAUGAUCAUGUUAUGGGACGUCGAUGGAUUAUCAAAAGUAGAUAAAUAUUUGUAUUCCAAUGAGGACCAUAUUAAAGCUGGAGCUAUACUUGCCAUCGGGCUUAUAAAUACUGGAGUUCGAAAUGAAAAUGAUCCAGCUUUCGCGUUGCUUUUAGAACAUAUUCACAAUCAAAAAAACGCGAUGAUGCGAACUAGCGCUAUAGUUGGUCUUGGUAUGGCUUACUCUGGGUCCCAUAGAGAAGAUGUUCGGGACCUAUUGUCCCCCUUCAUUAGCGAUACUGCUUUAAAUAUGGAAAUAGCUUCACUCGCAGCUUUGUCGUUGGGUCUAGUAUUUGUAGGAUCUUGUGAUGGAGACAUCACAAGUACGAUAUUGCAAACAAUGAUGGAACGCGAAGAUACUCAGUUAAAAGAAACUUGGGGAAGGUUUAUGGGCCUUGGAUUAGCUUUGCUGUAUCUCGGAAAGCAAGAUGCUGCUGAAGCAACUCUUGAAACUUUGAAAGCUAUUGAGCAUCCUAUUGGUAAACAAGUCGGAGUUUUGGUAGAAAUUUGCUCUUAUGCAGGAACUGGAAAUGUACUUAAAAUUCAGAAGAUGUUGCAUGCAUGCAAUGACCAUUUAGAUAAAGAGAAAGAAGAUGAUUUACAUCAAGCUUUCGCCGUAUUGGGCGUAGCUUUGAUAGCCAUGGGUGAAGAUGUUGGUGCUGAAAUGGCAUUGAGGUCAUUUAACCAUUUGAUGCACUAUGGUGAACCAGUGAUUCGUCGCGCAGUUCCUCUAGCAUUAGGAUUGCUGUGUGCUUCUAAUCCACUUCUUAAUGUUCUCGAAACAUUAAGUAAGUAUUCUCACGAUAAUGAUCCAGACGUUGCUAUCAAUGCUAUAUUUGCUAUGGGUCUUGUUGGCGCAGGAACGAACAAUGCUCGAUUAGCACAAAUGUUGAGGCAACUUGCAUCAUAUUAUCAUAAAGAGCCAAAUUGUUUAUUUAUGGUUCGAAUCUCGCAGGGAUUGCUGCAUAUGGGUAAAGGAACGAUAUCAAUCAAUCCAUAUCAUUCCGACCGUCAAUUAAUGUCUCCUAUUGGUAUAGCUGGCCUUUUGACGACCCUAAUUGCUUUUACUGAUAUCAAAACAUUUAUACUGGGUAGAUACCAUUGGUUCUUAUAUUAUUUGGUCACAGCAAUGUAUCCAAGAUUCUUGAUUACACUUGACGAAAAUUUAAAUAGCUUGCCAGUUACUGUUCGCGUUGGACAGGCUGUUGAUGUAGUGGGACAAGCAGGAAGACCAAAGACUAUUACAGGAUUUCAAACUCAUUCAACACCUGUAUUAUUGGCACAUUCAGAACGUGCGGAGUUGGCUACAGAAGAAUACAUAUCUUUAUCUCACGUUCUUGAAGGGUUCGUUUUGUUACGAAAGAACCCCGAUUUUAUGGAAGAAGAUAAAGAGUAA